AUGUCAGAUCUGCACGACAACUCUUUGAACAUAAGUUUUCUAAAAGAAUCUGUAUUGAAAAGACUCUGUGAGUUACUCGAUAAAGCCAACAGUAAAGGAUGGCGUAAACUGGGAGAGAUUGUGAAUGGUGAUAAGCGUUUCAAAGUGAGUGUGAGUGAUAUGGAGAUGUGUUCACUGAAAGUCCUAGAUGUGGAGGGCAGUCCCUCGCGCUCUCUUUUACGACUUAUGGGUGACAGGGGCUGUUCGGUGGGAGAUCUCAUGGAGUUCCUACAAGUUAUGGGUCACAGUGAAGCCCUACAGUGUCUCAAAACACCAAGUAUUCAAAUCUUAGUUCAUCCACAAUCUGUAUCUGUCAUUUUGGGCCACAAUGUUCGACUCAGCUGCCAUGCUGUGGGUAACUCCACUGUGCAGUACCAGUGGUUCAAGACAAAGGAAGAGGUGCCCAACAGUUCGUCCCCUGAUCUGGUGUUUAGUCCUGUCCAGCUAAAAGAUGCUGGCUACUACAUCUGUAGAGUGAACUGUGGAGACUCCUUUCAGUUUAGCCAUUGGGCUCAAAUUGACGUUUUGGAUGCCACACUGAGAUACAGUUUGAUGUCACUGUUCAGUGAGAGCAGACUGAAAGUGGUAAUCCAGCCUCAGGCUCAGAGACUGCUGGAAGGGGAUUCCCUCUAUCUUGAGUGUGGUGCUGUGGGCAGACCUCUCCCCCGAUACCAGUGGCACAGGAACGGAAUUCCUCUUAAGAACGCCACCAAGAGGAAACUCACGAUACCAUAUUUGAUGUCCGAACACCAGGGAAGGUAUCGCUGCGAGAUCACGUGUAAUGAUGAACGGACAUGGAGCAACGAAGUAAAUGUCAUUGUCGUGAAAGGAUCACGGAUAACAUUCAAGAUUUCUGAGGCAAUGGAAUGCUCUGAAGAUGAUAUUGUUGCCAUUGAACAAAGUAACAGUCAAGAGAAGCCAUACGCAACAGACAAAGUGGCUCUGCUAAUUGGCAAUAUGUCAUAUCAGUACCACCCCCAGCUGAAAGCACCCAUGGUAGAUGUUUAUGACCUUACCAACUUGUUACGACAGCUCAACUUUAAGGUGGUGUCCUUGCUUGAUCUUACCGAGUCUGAAAUGAGAAAUGCUGUGGAAGAAUUUCUGUCCCUUCUUCACAAAGGCGUUUAUGGUUUGUUGUAUUAUGCUGGGCAUGGUUAUGAAAACUAUGGUAACAGUUUCAUGGUGCCAGUCGAUGCCCCAAAUCCAUACCGCUCAGCCAACUGCCUGUGUGUGCAGAGCAUUCUGAAAUUAAUGCAGGAGAAGGAGACAGGUCUAAAUGUAUUCCUGCUGGAUAUGUGUAGGAAAAGAAACAUUCAUGAUGAAGCCACUCCAAAUGUGGUACUGCAAGUUACAGCUAACAUUGUUUUUGGAUAUGCCACUUGCCAAGAUGCUGAAGCCUUUGAACUAAGCUCAAGUGGAUUCACCAACGGUGUAUUCAUCAAAUUCCUCAAAAGACGACUUCUGGAGGAUGAGAAAAUCACUGUUCUUCUCGACAGAGUAGCUGAGGAUAUGGGCCAGUUUGACCCAACCAAAGGGAAGCAGGCUCUGGAGAUUCGGAGCAGUCUGUCAGAGAGACGGUCACUCACUGAUCCCAUUCUGCAUGGAGACUGUACAGACGUGGCCCAAGCGCAGCACCUGCUGUGGGCCAAAGCUCAUGAACUUCCCGAAAGCAUGCUCCUUGAUUUUGACUGUGGGGUGCAGAUUAAGAUGGGUUUUGCUGCAGAGUUCUCUAACGUGUUGGUCAUCUAUACCAGCAUUGUGAAGAAACCGGAGGAGAUGUCUUCCUGCCAAGCUCAUGUCACCAACCUAUCACUGGACCUGGAUGUUGAUCCAAAGCUGAUGAAUAAGGAGACUCCAGAGGAAACAGGCAGCUACCUGCUCUCCAGAAGUCUACCACAGCACUGCCUCUACACACGGAUAAGCUCUUUGCAAAAACUAAGAGAGACGUUGGUUUUCACUGUGUGCCUGCAGGCCAAGUACACAGCUCUCGAUGACCUUGUACACUGGACCACUGAGGUGAAUAUUGGCAAACCACUGAUUGCCAAAUUGGAUCUGCACCGGAACGCAAGACGUAACAGCUGCCAACAAACGUGUCACAUGCCUCACAGCCCUUCUCAUAGUCCCAGCCACAGCCCCGGAGCAGACCGCAUGUAUCAGCAGGAUCCUUGCUUCCCCCAGCAGUAUACUAACACCUACUUGAAUGUCUAUGAACCGUCACAUGGUGCAACUGGUGGUUAUGCCCAUGUCACGCCGCAUGACAACUAUUUGCUCCAGUAUGACCACGUUCCGUAUCUGCCUUACGCUGCCCCUCCCAGCAUGCCUAUUGAAACCACAGAUGACAUUGAUGAUAUGCAAAAUGACUUUAUGAAUAGUUUGCAGCUUUUUAACCAACAUUAGGUCUUGUGAGUGAGAAU